AUGGCAAAGGAGGAAGAUGAAGAGAAGAAAGGCAAGAAAGGGAAAAAGGGGAAGAAGGCGCUGGAGCCGGAGAAGCCCAAACGGAGCCUGAAGGGGACGUCGCGGCUGUUCAUGGGCUUCCGCGACCGCACGCCUAAGAUCUCCAAGAAGGGCCAGUUCCGGAGCGCGUCGGCCUUCUUCUGGGGCCUCCACACUGGUCCCCAGAAGACCAAACGCAAGAAGAAGGCCCGCACGGUGCUCAAAUCCACGUCGAAGCUCAUGACGCAGAUGCGCAUGGGCAAGAAGAAGCGGGCGAUGAAGGGCAAGAAGCCGUCCUUCAUGGUGAUCCGCUUCCCGGGCCGGCGAGGCUACGGCCGCCUCCGGCCGCGCGCCCAGUCGCUCAGCAAGGCGUCCACGGCCAUCAACUGGCUCACCAAGAAGUUCCUCCUCAAGAAGGCCGAGGAGUCGGGCGGCGAGCAGGCCACGGUGGACGCCUGGCUGCAGCGCUUGGGCUCCCGUGUGGGCUCCCGCAAGCUGCCCUUCCCGUCGGGCGCCGAGAUCCUGCGGCCCGGAGGCCGGCUCCGGAGGUUCCCCCGCAGCCGCAGCAUCUACGCGGCGGGCGAGCCGGUGGGCUUCCUGCCCUUCGAGGACGAGGCCCCGUUCCGGCACUCGGGCUCGCGCAGGUCGCUGUACGGGCUCGAGGGCUUCCAAGACCUGGGCGAGUAUUACGACUACCACCGUGAGGGCGACGACUACUACGACCGGCAGUCGCUCUACCACUACGAGGCGCAGGAGCCCUACCUGGCCGGCUACGGCCCCUACGGCCCGGCCCGGCCGCCGGACGGCGACUACCACUAUGGGUACCCGCCCGAAGACCCCUACGACGACUACCACGCUGACUACUACGGCGGCUCCUUCUACCCGGGGUACACCUACGGGUACGGCUACCACGAUUAUGAACCCCUGUAUGCGCCCCCGUCGGCGUCCCCGUCGGGGUACGAACCCUUGUACGCGCCCCCUUCUGGGUACGAACCUCCGUAUGCACCCCCGUCGGGGUACUCGUCUCCCUACAACUACCCUGAUGGGUACCAGGGCGAGGGGAACCCAUACGGCUACUACCUGGACCCCUACGCACCUUAUGACAUGCCAUACCCGCCCUACGAGCUCGCGCACGACACUCCCUACGACCUACCCUACUUGGAUCCCUACGGGGUCCCCUACACCACCCCCUAUGCCGAAGGCAUCUGUGGCGGGGAGGGUGAGGCCAUUUACCCCCCUGAAGUGCCCUAUCUCUCCCCGGAGGAGUCGGCCUUUGCGUACCCCUGGGUGCCACCACCCAUACUAUCGCCCCACAACCCAUACGCCCACCCCAUGGAUGACAUUGCGGAGCUGGAGGAGCCGGAGGCGGCGGGCGGAGAGCGGCAGAACACCUCCUUCCGCCUGCCCAGCGCCGCCUUCUUCGAGCAGCAAGGCAUGGACAAGCCGGCCAGGUCCAAGCUGUCGCUCAUCCGCAAGUUCCGCCUCUUCCCGCGGCCCCAGGUGAAGCUGUUUGGGAAGGAGAAGUUGGAGGUGUCCCUGCCACCCUCCCUGGACAUCCCGCUGCCCUUGGGGGAUGCAGACGACGAGGAGGAAGAGGAGGAGAUGCCCCGGCUGCCCACGGUGCCCUACGGCCACCCUUUCUGGGGCUUCCUCACGCCGCGACAGCGCAACCUCCAGCGCGCCCUGUCGGCCUUCGGCGCCCACCGGGGCCUGGGCUUCAGCCCCGAGUUUGGCCGCCCCCCGCCUCGCCCGGCCACCUCUCUGGCGCGGUUCCUCAAAAAGACGCUGUCCGAGAAAAAGCCCGUCCCGAGGCUCAGGGGCAGCCAGACGGCCCGGGCGGGAGGCCCCGCCGUCAGGGAGGCGGCCUACAAACGCUUCGGCUACAGGCUGGCCGGCAUGGACCCCGACCGGCCCAACACGCCCAUCGUGCUGAGGAGGGCCCAGCCGCGGGCCCGCAAUACCAGCAGCUCCCGCCGCCCGCCCGCGCCCGGGACGCAGGCCCACUGGAGCGCGCUGCUCUCCCCGCCGCCGCCGCCACCACCGCCGCCGCCGCCGCGGCCCCCCAGCCCCGGCCCUCCACCCGCGCCGCCCCUCUCGGGCCUGCCCCGUCCCGCCUCGCCCUACGGCUCCCUCCGCCGCCGCCCGCCGCCCUGGGCCGCCCCAGCGCACGUGCCCCUGGCACCCCAGGCAAGCUGGUGGGCCUUCGUGGAGCCGCCUCCCGUGGGCCCAGAGGGGCCCCCCGACCUGCUGGCCUUCUCCGGAGCCCGGCCCUCUUUCAGGGGCUCCCGCCGGCGAGGGGCGGCCUUCGGCUUCCCGGGGGCCUCCCCACAGGCGUCGCGGAGGUGGGCCUGGCCGCCCCAGCCCUCCCUGAGGAGCAUGCCGGGCCCAGGCUACCGCUCGCCCUUCGGGCCCCUGUCCCCUCAGCUGUCGGCCCGCAGGGGCCCCUUCCAGCCGCCCUUCCCGCCCCCGGCCCCCCGGCCCCGCUCGCUGCAGGAGCCCCACGCUCCACGCCGAGCCUCAAGCCGCUCGUCGCCGGCGCUGGGCUCUCUGCGGCCGCCCUCGCCGCCCCCUCUGCUGGGCCGCAGCCCGCGGCACCGCUCCCUCAACCUGCCCUCGCGCCUCCCGCGCGCGUGGCGGCGCCUCAGCGAGCCGCCCACGCGGGCCGUGAAGCCGCGCGUGCGCCAGUCCUUCGGCUGGCCGGCAGGCGCUGGGUCCUGGCUCGCCGCUGCGUCGCUCCUGCAGCACCCCGAGAACGUGCAAGAACCCGAGGACUCGGAGACACCCUGGACGGUGCCUCCACUGGACCCCAGCUGGGACGGGGACGUGCCUCCCACCCAACGUCCACCCUCUCCUUGGCCGGGAGGUGCAGGCAGCCGCCGAGGCUUUUCCAGGCCAUCCCCAGUACCCGAAAACCCUUUCCUUCAGCACCUGGGCCCUGUGCCAGCCUCCAUUCCCCAACCUGAGGACCCAGCUGCCAACUCAACCAGAGUCUUCCUGAGUAGAUAUCAUGACCCGGGGCCUGGACAGCUCACCAAAUCUGCUGGCGCGAGCCCUGAGAAGCCUGACGAAGAGGCUGCCUUGGGGGAUCCUCAGCCACCAGCAGAGCCUGAGCUCCCUGCCUUGACAUCCCCCAAGGAUGCCCCCACAAAGCAGAAGGAGUUAACACUCAGCCUCUCGCACCCACUGGCUGCACGUAACCAGACAAGGGCCACGUGGCCACCAUGGCGCCUUUGGGGGACAACACCGAGAACUCCAGCCCCCUUGGCGCCCUCUGGGGUCCCGGCGCCCCUGCCCAAGGCGGGCGAGCAGCGUCAGGCAGGCCCUGGGCGUUUUGCUGUGGUUAUGCCUCGGGUGCAGAAACUGAGUUCCUUCCAGCACAUUGGGCCUGCUACCUUGCAGCCCCCUGUCCAGAUGACCCAGGACCCCGAGCCCAGUCCCGAGCCGCGAGCCUGGAGCCUGAGCUGGUCCCACCUCUGGCUGUCAGCCCAUGCCCACCGUCCAGGGCCACGAGUACACACCCGCCCCCAGUCCUGCCGUCUGGGUCCCGGAGCCACCUGCCUGUCCCUCAGGGGCCCUUGGGAAGAGUUUGUCCCCAAAAGCUGGCAGAAAAAGAUGCACUCCAUCCGCAACCUGCCAUCCGUGCGAUUCUGCGAGCAACGCAGGGAGGAUGGUGUGGAAGACAUGACGCAGCUGGAAGACCUCCAGGAGACCACUGUGCUGUCAAACCUCAAGACCAGAUUUGACCGAAACCUCAUCUAUACAUACAUCGGCAGCAUCCUGGUGUCAGUGAACCCGUACCGAAUGUUCGGAAUCUAUGGGCCAGAGCAGGUGCAGCAGUACAGUGGACGGGCCCUGGGAGAGAAUCCCCCGCACCUCUUUGCAAUUGCAAAUCUCGCCUUCGCCAAAAUGCUCGAUGCCAAACAGAACCAGUGCAUAAUCAUCAGUGGAGAGAGCGGCUCUGGCAAAACUGAGACCACAAAGCUGAUUCUGCGCUACCUGGCUGCCAUGAACCAGAAACGGGAUGUCAUGCAGCAGAUAAAGAUCCUAGAGGCAACACCCCUCUUGGAGUCCUUUGGUAACGCCAAAACCGUCAGGAAUGACAACUCCAGCCGCUUUGGGAAGUUCAUGGAGAUCUUUCUGGAAGGGGGCGUGAUCUCUGGUGCCAUAACCUCCCAGUACCUGCUUGAGAAAUCCAGGAUUGUGUUUCAGGCCAAAAAUGAGAGGAAUUACCAUAUCUUCUACGAGCUGCUGGCUGGCCUGCCUGCCCAGCUCCGGCAGGCCUUCAGCCUGCAGGAGGCCGAGACCUACUACUAUCUGAACCAGGGUGGGAACUGUGAGAUCACCGGGAAGAGUGACACAGAUGACUUCCGCCGGCUUCUGGCUGCCAUGGAGGUUCUGGGCUUCAGCAGCGAGGACCAGGACAGCAUCUUCCGCAUCUUGGCCUCCAUCCUGCACCUGGGCAACGUCUACUUUGAGAAAUAUGAGACAGAUGCGCAGGAGGUGGCCUCAGUGGUGAGUGCCCGAGAGAUACAGGCUGUGGCAGAGCUGCUGCAGAUCUCACCUGAGGGCCUGCAGAAGGCCGUCACCUUCAAAGUGACUGAGACAAUGCGAGAGAAGAUCUUCACACCCUUGACUGUGGAGAGUGCCGUGGAUGCCAGGGAUGCCAUCGCCAAGGUCUUGUACGCACUGCUGUUCAGCUGGCUCAUCGCCAGGGUCAACGCACUGGUGUCCCCACAGAAGGACACACUGUCCAUCGCCAUCCUGGACAUCUAUGGCUUUGAGGACCUGAGCUUCAACAGCUUUGAACAGCUGUGUAUUAACUAUGCAAACGAGAACCUUCAGUACCUUUUCAACAAGAUCGUCUUCCAGGAGGAGCAGGAGGAGUACAUCCGGGAGCAGAUUGAUUGGCGGGAGAUCACCUUUGCCGACAAUCAGCCCUGCAUCAACCUCAUCUCACUGAAGCCCUAUGGCAUCCUGCGCAUCCUUGAUGAUCAGUGUUGCUUUCCCCAGGCCACAGACCACACAUUCCUGCAGAAGUGCCACUACCACCACGGCGCCAACCCACUCUACUCCAAACCCAAGAUGCCACUGCCCGAGUUCACCAUCAAGCACUACGCAGGCAAGGUCACCUACCAGGUGCACAAAUUCCUGGACAAGAACCACGACCAAGUGCGCCAGGACGUGCUGGACCUGUUUGUGCGCAGCCGUACGCAGGUGGUAGCACACCUCUUCUCCAGCCACGCUCCGCAGACUACCCCUCAGCGCCUGGGCAAGAGCAGCUCCGUUACCCGGCUCUAUAAGGCGCAUACCGUGGCUGCCAAGUUCCAGCAGUCACUCCUGGAUCUGGUGGAAAAGAUGGAGAGGUGUAACCCUUUGUUCGUGCGUUGCCUGAAGCCCAACCACAAGAAGGAGCCAGGUCUCUUUGAGCUGGAUGUGGUGAUGACCCAGUUACGCUAUUCCGGGGUGCUGGAGACUGUGAGGAUCCGCAAGGAGGGCUUUCCAGUGCGGCUGCCCUUCCAGGUGUUCAUACACAGGUACCGCUGUCUAGUGGCCCUCAAGCAUGACCUGCCAGCUAAUGGGGACAUGUGUGUCUCAGUGCUGAGUCGCCUGUGCACAGUCAUGCCAAACAUGUACCGCGUUGGGGUCAGCAAGCUGUUUCUUAAGGAACACCUACACCAGCUGCUGGAGAGCAUGCGGGAGCGCAUCCUGAAUCUGGCAGCCCUCACGCUGCAGCGCUGCUUCCGUGGCUUCCUCAUCCAGCAGCGUUUCCGCUCUCUGCGCCACAAGAUCAUCCUGCUGCAAAGCCGGGCCCGUGGCUACCUUGCCAGACAACGCUAUCAGCAGAUGAGGAGGAGUCUGGUGAAAUUCCAGUCCCUGGUACACACGUACAUGAGCCGCCAACGCUACCUCAAGCUGAGGGCAGAAAGGAGGCACCGGGUGGAGGAGGCGUGGCUGCGGGAGCAGGAGGAGCUGAGCAAGCGGGAGGUGGUGGCUGUGGGGCACCUGGAGGUACCAGCUGAGCUGGUGGGGCUCUUGCAAGCAGUGGCAGGCCUCAGGGUGCCCCGUGUGGCCCCCGUGAGGACCCCCCGGCUCCAGGCUGAGCCCCGUGUCACCUUGCCCCUGGAUAUCAACAACUACCCCAUGGCCAAGUUUGUCCGGUGCCACUUCAAGGAACCUGCCUUUGGGAUGCUGACAGUGCCCCUGAGGAUGCCCCUCACACGGCUGCCGGCUGAGCACCAUGUGGAAGCCGUGAGCAUCUUCAAACUGAUCCUGCGUUUCAUGGGCGACCCCCACCUGCAUGGUGCCCAGGAGAACGUCUUCGGGAACUACAUUGUGCAGAAGGGGCUGGAGGUGCCUGAGAUGCGGGAUGAGAUCCUGGCACAGCUGGUCAACCAGGUGUGGCACAAUCACAACGCCCACAACACCGAGCGGGGCUGGCUGCUGCUGGCUGCCUGUCUCAGCAGCUUUACACCUUCCUCAUGCUUCAAUAAGUACCUCCUCAAGUUCGUGUCUGAUUAUGGGCAGAAUGGCUUCCAGGCUGUGUGUCAGCACCAUCUCAUGCAGGCCAUGGGCCGGGCCCAACAGCAGGGCCCAGGGGCUGCCCGCACCUUCCCCCCAACCCAGCUCGAGUGGAUAGCAAUCCAUGAGAGGGCCAGCAUGGCACUGGACGUGACCUGCUUCAAUGGUGACCAGUUCUCCUGCCCGGUGCACUCCUGGAGUACGGGGGAAGAGGUGGCUGGAGACAUUCUGAGGCACAGGGGGCUGGCAGAUGGCUGGAGGGGCUGGACGGUGGCCAUGAAGAAUGGGGUCCAGUGGGCAGAGCUGGCUGGCCAUGACUAUGUGCUGGACCUGGUGUCAGACCUGGAGCUGCUCAGGGACUUCCCACGACAGAAGUCCUACUUCAUUGUGGGCACAGAAGGGCCUGUGGCUGGCAGAGGAGGCCCCAGAGUGGUGUUUGGGAACAGCUGGGACUCAGAUGAGGACACGCCCCAGGGGCACAUGCCCAAAGUGCCUGACUCCGAUGGGUACUGCAGCCACAAUGAAGAUGGUACAAAUGGAGAGACUGAGGCCAGCAGAGAGACAGCAACCCACCAAGACUUGGACAGCCUUGGAGAGCCUGCUGUGCCCAAGGGGCUGGACUGCUACCUGGACAGCCUCUUCGACCCCGUGCUGUCCUGUGGGGAUGCGGACCUUGAGAAGCCAACAGCCAUUGCCUACCGCAUGAAAGGGGGAGGCCAGCCUGCUGGAAGCGGCAGUAGCAAUACUGAAGACACCCCCAGGAGACCCCCAGAGCCAAAGCCAAUCCCAGGCCUGGAUGCCUCCACGUUGGCUCUGCAGCAAGCCUUCAUCCACAAACAGGCCAUGCUGCUGGCCCGGGAGAUGACCUUGCAGGCCAUGGCACUUCAGCAGCAGCCCCUGAGCCCCACCCCAAGAUCCUUGCCCCCAGAGAAACCCCUUGCAUCAGAGGCAUGGCCGAAGUCUGUAGGCACUGGUCCCCCAGCCAAACCUGUGCUCCUGUGCUCCGCCUCAAAGCCCUUGGCUUCAACCCCUCUGGCCAAGGCCCCAAGGCCCCCCACCAAGCCCGUGGCUGCCCCCAUUCUAGCUCAGGACCAGGCUUCUCCAGAAACCACUUCGCCCUCCCCUGAGCUAGUCCGGUACUCGACGCUCAACUCAGAACACUUUCCACAACCCACGCAGCAGAUCAAGAACAUUGUCAGGCAGUACCAGCAGCCACCUCGGGGAGGCCGGCCUGAGGCCCUCAGGAAGGAUGGUGGGAAGGUGUUCAUGAAGCGGCCAGACCCCCAUGAGGAGGCUUUGAUGAUCCUGAAGGAGCAGAUGACUCACAUGGCAACAGCGCCUGGCACCCAGGUGUCCAGAGAGGCUGUGGCCAUGGUGAAGCCAGUGGCCAGUGCACCAAGACCAUCCAUGGGGCCCACUGCAGCGCUGCCUUCGCGGUCACUGGAGCUCCCAGAAGAACCCGUGCAAACACGGCUGCACCGCCUCAUCAACCCCAACUUCUAUGGCUACCAGGACACCCCCUGGCGGAUCUUCCUGCGCAAAGAGGUGUUUUAUCCCAAGGACAGCUACAGCCACCCUGUGCUUCUAGAUCUCCUGUUCCGGCAGAUCCUGCAUGACACACUCUCCGAGGCUUGCCUGCGCAUCUCCGAGGAUGAGAGGCUCAGGAUGAAGGCCCUGUUUGCCCAGAGCCAGCUGGACAUGCAGCGGCCCCUGGCAACAGAGAAUGUGAAGCGGGCCGUGGUUACCACUGCACGAGACAGCUGGGAGGUCUACUUCUCCCGCCUCUUCCCUGCCAUGGGCAGUGUGGGCACUGGUGUGCAGAUCCUAGCUGUGUCCCACAUGGGCAUCAAACUCCUGCGGAUGGUCAAGGGCAGCCGGGAGGCUGGCGGGCAGCUGCGGGUCCUGCGUGCAUACAGCUUUGCAGAUAUCCUGUUUGUGACCAUGCCCUCUCAGAACAUGCUGGAGUUCAACUUGGCCAGUGAGAAGGUCAUCCUCUUCUCAGCCCGAGCUCACCAGGUCAAGACGCUGGUGGAUGAUUUCAUUCUGGAGUUGAAGAAGGACUCUGACUAUGUGGUCGCUGUGAGAAACUUCCUGCCUGAGGACCCGGCACUGCUGGCCUUCCACAAGGGUGACAUCAUCCACCUGCAGCCCCUGGAGCCACCUCGAGUGGGCUAUAGCGCCGGCUGUGUGGUCCGCAAGAAGGUUGUGUACCUGGAGGAGCUGCGGUGUAGAGGCCCUGAUUUCGGCUGGAGGUUCGGGACCAUCCAUGGGCGUGUGGGCUGCUUCCCUUCGGAGCUGGUGCAGCCUGCUGCUGCCCCCGACUUCCUGCAGCUGCCAGCCGAGCCGGGCAGGGGCCAAGCUGCUGCCGUGGCUGCUGCUGUGGCCUCUACAGCCGCUGCCCGGGAGGUGGGCCACAGGAGAGAGGGUCCCCCAGUCAGGGUCUGCUCUGCUGACCGUGGAGAGGACGCCCUGGCUUUUCCACUGUCUGCCAUGCUCGAGUUUGCCCAGAAGUAUUUCCGAGAUCCUCAGAGGAGACCCCAGGAUGGCCUCAGGCUGAAGUCCAAGGAGGGUCAGGAGUCCAGAACCUUGGAGGACAUGCUUUGCUUCACCAAGAUGCCGCUCCAGGAAUCCCUCAUCGAACUCAGUGACAGCAGCCUCAACAAGAUGGCCACCGACAUGUUCCUAGCUGUGAUGAGGUUCAUGGGGGAUGCCCCACUGAAGGGCCAGAGUGAACUGGACGUACUUUGCACACUCCUGAAGCUGUGUGAGGACCAUGAGGUCAUGCGGGAUGAGUGUUACUGCCAAGUCGUGAAGCAGAUCACAGACAACACCAGCUCCAAGCAAGACAGCUGCCAACGAGGCUGGAGGCUGCUGUAUAUUGUGGCCGCUUAUCACAGCUGCUCCAAGGUCCUCCACCCACACCUCACUCGCUUCCUCCAAGAUGUGAACCGGACCCCGGGCGUGCCCUUCCAGGGGAUCGCCAAGGCCUGUGAGCAGAACCUGCAGAAAACCUUGCUCUUUGGGGGCCGUCUGGAGCUCCCCAGCAGCAUGGAGCUUCGGGCCAUGUUGGCAGGCCGCAGUUCUAAGAGGCAGCUCUUUCUUCUUCCUGGAGGUCUUGAACGCCAUCUCAAAAUCAAAACGUGCACCGUGGCCCUGGAUGUGGUGGAGGAGAUCUGUGCUGAGAUGGCUCUAACCCUCCCCAAGGCCUUCGAUGAGUAUGUCAUCUUCGUUGUCACCAACCGAGGCCAACAUGUGUGCCCGCUCAGUCGCCGUGCCUACAUCCUGGAUGUGUCCUCAAAGAUGGAGCAGGUGGAUGGUGGCUACAUGCUCUGGUUCCGGCGUGUGCUCUGGGAUCAACCACUCAAGUUUGAGAAUGAGCUAUACGUGACCAUGCACUACAACCAGGUCCUGCCCGACUACCUGAAGGGCCUCUUCAGCAGCGUGCCAUCCAGCCGGCCCAGUGAGCAACAGCUGCAACAGGUGUCCAAGCUGGCUUCUCUGCAGCACCGUGCCAGGGACCACUUCUACCUACCCAGUGUGCGGGAGGUCCAGGAGUACAUCCCGGCCCAGAUCUACCGCACAAUGGCUGGCUCAGCCUGGCUCAACUUGGUCAGCCAGCACCGGCAGCAGACGCAAGCACUCAGCCCCCACCAGGCCCGAGCGCAGUUUCUGGGCCUCCUCAGUGCCUUUCCUAUGUUCGGCUCCUCCUUCUUCUUCGUCCAGAGCUGCAGCAACGUCGCUGUGCCAGCCCCGUGCAUCCUUGCCAUCAACCAUAAUGGCCUCAACUUCCUCAGCACCGAGAGCCACGAACUAAUGGUGAAGUUCCCCCUGAAAGAGAUCCAGUCAAUGUGGACCCAGCGGCCCACAGCCAACUCCAGCUACCCAUAUGUGGAGAUCGUGCUGGGGGAUAUGGCGGCCCAGCGUACCAUGCAGCUGCAGCUGGAGCAGGGCCUGGAGCUGUGUCGUGUGGUGGCUGUGCACGUGGAGAACCUGCUUAGUGCCCGCGAGAAGCGGCUCACACUGCCCCCCAGUGAGAUCACCUUGCUUUGA